AUGUCGGGUCUAUUUCGUGGUGCUCUAAAUUUAAUACAAGGAGAAAGCGCAUCAAGUUCAUCACAUCCUCUUAUCGGUACCCAAGUUGAAGUUGGUUCAGUACGUUUACGUGUGGAUAGUCUGAUUGCUGAAGGCGGUUUUGCUGUAGUAUUCGCUGCAUAUGAUAGCACUAAUAGGUGGUAUGCGUUGAAAAGACAAUUGACGAAGGAUCGAGAAUCCAUGGAUGCUGUUCUGUUGGAGAUUAGAAUUCUCAAAGAGCUUACGGGACAUCCCUCAAUUCUGGAAUUUAUUGCUGCGGCACAAAUGAAAAUUCCAUCAGGAGGCGUCGAGUUUAUGCUUCUAACAGAAUUAUGUUCGGGAGGUUCCGUUGCUGACAUGAUUAAAAAUGUCCGAUUGAAACCAGAACAAACGUUGAAAAUUUUCUAUGCAGCAGCAAGUGCAGUCUGUCAUAUGCAUGACCGAAAAGUUCCCAUCACGCAUCGCGAUAUAAAGAUCGAAAACUUGCUCUUUGAUGCAGCUGGUCGAGUGAAAUUAUGUGAUUUUGGAAGUGCAACGACGCAGAUUUGCCAGCCUGAUGAGACAUGGAAUAUGGCAAAAAGAACUCAGCUUGAAGAAGAGAUGCAACGACAUACCACACCUAUGUAUCGUGCUCCAGAAAUUCUCGACACUUAUCAGAAUUAUGUUGUUGGACCGCAGCAAGAUAUCUGGGCAUUAGGAUGCGUUUUGUUCUACUUGUGUUACCAUGUUCAUCCUUUUGAGGAUUCAGCUAAAUUGCGUAUUCUUAACGUAGCUUACACAGUACCGUCUGGUUGUGAGGAAAGUCGAGACAUUUUACCUGUGAUUGAAUCGUGUCUUAAAGCGGAUCCAUUGAUGCGUCCCGUCGCGAGGGAUCUUGUCGAAAGGACGGAAGCGUUGGCGGUGGCCCUCGAUAUUGAUACUUCAAAACCUGUAUCUGGUGUUGAUACUGGAUUUCUCAGGAAAUCACAAGUGCAAAAAUUGGCAGCUAGUGGACCAUCGAACGCUCCACCUCCGCGUCCUCCUCCACCCAGAUCUUCAGCAGUGGCUGAGGAUGUCACUGAACAAGCGUCAGCCAUGCUGGGUGCUCUUAAGGGCCAAGGAUUAUCUCUACUCAAGAAUCUGAAGGAUAAAUCGUCGGCGGUUGUCCAGAAAGUUCAAGCAAAACUUAUCUCUCAAGAAGUCACUUGGAUUACAUCUAGGAUGUGUGUAGUUCCUGUUGCUAGGGCAGUUCAGGACCAAGUUGAUGAAGAAGAAUGGAAUGCUAGAGUGAUGACCGCAGGUCGCCCUUAUGUGGUAUAUAACUUGUCGUCGAGGCCCUUGCAUGGAAAUUACCCUAUCGAGGAAAUGUUUUGUGUACUACGUAGUGUUCGCCCAGAGGUGCCACCUCCUAUUGAAAAUAUAUUAAAGAUUUGUUCCUCUGUAGUUACUGCUUUGCGCAAUCGUCCUGGUUCAUCGAUCGUAUUAUUUGGUGCAGAAAAUCACUGUGUGAUGGUAUCUGCAGCAUUAUUAUUAUAUUGUAAACUGAUUGGCGAUGCAAAUGAUGCCUGUGAUUUUGUUGCAAACAAACGUAGAACUGCUCAACGAUUCGCCCCUUCACAAAUUCGUUCAUUGGAUCUCAUCAAAAAUCUCACAUCAUCUGCUUCUGUUGUUUUGUUGCCCAUGAGUCGUCCGAUGUCGCUUCGCUCUAUCUCGCUUAGUACGCUUCCAAUUUUGGCGGGUAUUCGUAGUGGUCUACGGCCAGUUAUAGAAAUAUACGUUGGAUCAUCAAAGGUUUGGGAUUCUGUAGGAUGCAAACGCCCAUUUACCGUGUCAAAGUCAUUGUCAUCUGAAGUAGACGUUGGAGACGUUGUACUAGAUGGUCAGGUCACUCUGCUAAUGUCGUACAGCAGAUCGGAUCCUGCUGACGCUGCUUCCAAAAAAUUCAUGUUUUCUGUCGUAUUUCAUACCUGUGUCGCCAAGGAAAUGAUGAAGUUUUCCCGAUCAGAUCUUGAUAUCAGUACGGUUGAAGAAAGCAAUGUUCCGCCUGAUUUUAGGAUUGCGCUAGGAUUCCGUGCAAUUUCUCAAGAUGAUAGUCUUAAAGCCGACACAUCAUUGCAAGAUCCGAACGUUUUGCGUGCGGGAUCACCCGAGUUGCUUGUGCUGGACUUUGAGGAGCAAAAGCAAAUCAUGGAUUGGUACAGCAUGUCAUCGGAAGCAAGUAUUUCUGCCGAAACAGGACAAUCCGAACUCUCAAAUGAAAUCCCACAGGCGCCUGCCGCCUCGAAGACGGACUUCUUUGAGACGUUGGAUUGGACGCAGGCUCAACAUGGAAACGCUCCACGUCCUCCGUCACCACCACCACCACCGCUACCUCAUGGGCCUAAACCUCCGUCGAGGAAUCACCAAUCUAUUCAGGACCCAUUCUCUUUGUUAAGCACAGAUCACACAGCGCAAUCAGCUCAGGUCUCUUCACCAUCGAAUCGAAGUACUUCUCUUCGUCCAUCGGGUAUGGAUACAGCUGAAGUCUAUGAACGACAAGCAGGGAUUCGUGUUGCGCAUGUCGCUGAUGCAGACGCUGAUCAAUAUCGAUUUGAUUACGAAAAAGAAACACCAAUCCUGAGUGCAUUCACACCACCUUGUGCACCUUCCAGCGAAUUUGAUCUACUGGAUUUGGGCAGUUCUUCAGACCCGAGGUCAACUGAACCGACUCAAGCAACAGCGACUGUGGAUCCGUUUUCGGAUCUGCUAAAGGAAGGUUGGUCAGCAUCAACUGGGCCACCUGGUCAGAACACCGGCGACCUGCUAGGCGAAUGGUCAGGAACGCCCAAUCUUCUGAGCGCCGGACCUACGUCCUCAAUUCAUCGGAAUGUCUCAGCGCCCGCAUUCCAACCAAACGCUGUGAAUUUUGAUCCAUUUGCAGAGUUUCUUUCACAAAGUGCUAGUAAUCCAACCAGUGCCCAAGCUUCUGCAUCUAAUAGUGGAUCAACAACACCGAAGCCCACAAGACCGAACUAUAGUAGAGCUGCGUUCGAAAAUCUGACCACCAACCCUGCCGGGAAGCCCAAGGUUUCGAACGACACGUUUGGUGACCUUCUUUCGAGUCAGGGAUUCACCGCAUCCUCGAAGAAUGUAAAUCGAACACUUGGGGAUAUGAGAAGAGCGGAGGAGAUUAAGGAAAUGGAUCCAGUUUCUAUUAAGAUUCGUGAUUGGGUUGUCGGAAAAGAAAGAAACAUUCGCGCUUUGCUCGGAUCGCUCAACGAUGUUUUAUGGGAAGGCGCUGAGAAAUGGCAGCAACCUCGGAUGGCAGAUCUGUUGACCGCAGCCCAAGUGAAACGAAGUUACUACAAGGCAUGUUUGGUUGUGCAUCCUGAUAAACAAGUCGGUCAACCGCAUGAAAAACUUGCAAGAGCAAUUUUCACUGAACUUAAUGAUGCUUGGAAUGCAUUUGAACAAGCUGGUAGUCAGUCGCUAUAG